GUAACAGAAAUGCACCGACCAUUUGCGCGUGCACAUAUAUGGCAAGUUAGUGUGCCAUAAGUGGUACUCUUCGUCCUGCGGAGCGACGGGAGCUUCGAAAUUCACAGCGGCCAGCGCGACCUCGAUCCGACGACUACGAAUCCAAGACGAAUGCAUACCAUGCCUGUGUGGAGCAACACAUUUUGACAGAGGUUUACUCACUGUCAACUUCUGCUACCCUUCCUUGCCUCAGAUGAUUAUCUUUCUAAAAAGGAUGUGAAAGGCACAGCUGGCGGGUGCCACCUGGAGCAUGGCUCCUGGCGGCUGAGCCAUGCUUCUGGAAAGCCUGAGUGCCGUGUCUCCCUGGUGCCAUGCCAGCCAACUCAGCAUCCGGCGCUGCAUGCUCGGGGCACUGGCCCUGGGCCUCUGCUCUCUACUCCUGUCUGUCUAUGUCAUCAACCACAACUCGUUCGGGGGUCUCCUGCGGUCACCCGUGCCACCACGCCCCACCUUCCAAUGCCGCUCGCAGCUUGAUGGAAGUGGACCUCGCGAGCAGAGUGCUGCCAAUGUACAUGCCUCCAGUGCGCAGCUCCGCCUUGACCCUCGCGUACUGGUGUUUGUGGAAACACAAUUCUCCAAGCUGGGCAAGCAGAUCUGUGAAAUCCUUGAGGGAAGCCGCUUCCGCUUCAAGGUGGAGACAACGGGCAAGACGCUGCCGGUGCUCACAAACCUGGACAAGGGCAAGUUUGCCGUGAUUGUCUUUGAGAACUUUGAAAAAUACCUCGCCAUGCACAAGUGGAAUAGGGAGCUCAUUGACAAGUACUGCCGGGAGUACAGCGUCGGCAUUAUUGGCUUCAUUCGACCACGCGAGGACACCUAUACAGGUGCACAGCUCUCUGGUCUUCCUUUGUACAUGCACACAAACAUGGCCCUGAAGGACUACCAGCUGAACCCUCUGUCAUCAAUUUUGAGGAUUGCUCGGGCUGGAGAAACAUUUUCUGGCAACUUGCCUGGUGAAGAUUGGACAGUGUUUCAGCCCAACCAUUCUACUUUUGUUCCCUUGGCACAGGCCAGAUCACAGCAUGAUGAUAUUGCUGAUGGCAAUGGACCGCACACUACUGUUGUACAGGACAUAGGGAGAUUCGAUGGCAUCCAGAGGGUUAUUUUUGGAAAUGGCUUUGGCUUCUGGUUGCACAAAUUGCUAUUCUUGGAUUCAAUUUCCUUUCUCUCACAUGGCAAGCUGAGUCUGCCCCUGCAGCGCUACCUUCUCAUAGACAUCGAUGACAUCUUUGUGGCUGAGCGGGGCAGUCGUAUGAUGACCCAUGAUGUGCAGGCACUACUGGAUGCACAGCAACAGUUCCGGAAAUUAAUUCAUGGCUUCCGCUUCAAUCUUGGCUUUUCUGGGAAAUUUUACCAUCGUGGAUCACACGAGGAAAAUAAAGGAGAUGACAUGCUGCUCUCUCAUGCCCACGAGUUCUGGUGGUUUUGUCACAUGUGGAGCCAUAGCCAGCCUCAUCUUUAUGACAAUGUGACGCUACUAGAGACUGAAAUGAGGCUCAAUCGUGAGUUUGCCAAGAAGCACCGUAUCCAGACAGACUCUGGCUAUUCAGUGGCACCUCAUCAUUCCGGUGUGUACCCUGUUCAUGAGCCCUUAUACGAUGCCUGGAAGAAGGUCUGGAACAUACGUGUAACCAGCACUGAAGAGUACCCACACCUUAGGCCAGCUAGGCUGCGCCGUGGAUUUGUCCAUCGUAACAUAAUGGUACUGCCAAGACAGACAUGUGGCCUUUAUACUCAUACCAUCUUCCUUGAGCGAUAUCCAGGUGGCAGAGAAAAAUUGGACAGAAGCAUUCAUGGUGGUGAUCUGUUCUACUUGUUUGUUUACAAUCCGAUCAACAUCUUUAUGACCCACCUGUCAAACUAUGGAAAUGAUCGUCUCUCUUUGUAUACCUUUGAAUCUGUGUUGAAAUUCAUAAAAUGCUGGACUAACUUGAAGUUGAGCACCAUUCCACCACUUCAGUUGGCGGAGAAGUAUUUCCAGAUGUACCCUGAUGAGACAGACCCUAUCUGGAUGAAUCCUUGUGAAGACAAACGCCAUCUGUCAAUCUGGUCAUCAAGCAAGUCAUGUGAACAACUGCCAAAAUUUCUAGUCAUUGGUCCCCAGAAAACUGGUACAACUGCGCUGUAUACUUUCUUGACCUUGCAUCCAACAAUAGCAAGCAAUCACCCCAGCCCAGACACAUUUGAGGAAGUGCAGUUCUUCAAUGGCAAAAAUUAUUACAGGGGUCUUGACUGGUACCAAAGCUUUUUCCCAGCACCUAAGAAUGGAAGUGCACCCUUUCUCUUUGAGAAGAGUGCGAAUUACUUCGAUGGGGAGCUGGUGCCUCAGCGUGCCCAUGCCCUCCUGCCUCGUGCCAAGCUGGUGACCAUCCUCAUCAGCCCCACAAAACGGGCGUAUUCCUGGUAUCAGCACCAGCGGUCCCACGGUGACACAGUUGCCCUCAACUUUACUUUCUAUGAUGUGAUCACAGCCAAUGACCACUCACCCAAGCCUCUACGGGAGCUACGUAAUAGGUGUCUUAACCCUGGUCUUUACGCACAGCAUCUAGAACGUUGGCUCAGUUUCUACCCACCACAACAGCUUAUGAUCAUUGAUGGAGAAGAACUGAAGUCUGAUCCAGUACGUGUUAUGAACAAGCUCCAAACAUUCCUUGCCAUCACCCCAUUCUUCGAUUACAGUGGAUCGCUGAGGUUCGACCCCCACAAAGGCUUCUUCUGCAAAGUGCUCUCCCAGAACAACCGCACCAAGUGCUUGGGGCAGGGCAAAGGGCGCCUUUAUCCACCCAUGGACAUUCGGGCUGAGAAGUUCCUCAAGGCCUACUACCUGUCACACAAUGUGGCUCUCUCCAAGCUGUUCAACAACCUCAGGCAACCUCAGCCCCAUUGGCUCAAAGAAGACCUUUCACGGGGAUGAGUCUGUUUGCUUCUUCUGUUUGCCAUUUUUGCCCGUAUUAAAGGGCAUGACAAAGUCAGGCUCUUCCCCUGGCCUAGCAAUGCAUCAUGGAACACUGUGCCAUAGUACCACUUGUGCCAGCAAGCUUGACUGCCUUGUGGAAAUUAAUAGAAAAGAGGCACAUAGGUCUUUUGUGCUCCAUGUCAUCCUGAGAUUUACCAGGAGUUUUCAUGACGCUGUAUAAACUAAGAUGCUAUACGGAAAUUUCUUCAUGAAAUAGACCAGGGUCUUAUUCUUGGGCCAUUUGCCACUUGGUCUUUGUUUUUCAAGUGAAAAGAAAGAGCACAUACUUUUUCAGUAUUUUUGGAAAGGGUGAAAAAAAUGAAGGAAUGGCUUCCUCCCUGAUUCAGCAUUGCUGAAGGAGAGGUGCAGUUGCUAUAAUCAGCUGACAUUUAUGUCUGCAUCUGCUCUUUGCACUUUUUUAUUCUUUAAGUUCUCACCUUGGUAUAAUUGGUCUUCAGACUUCAUUAAUGCACCAUUCAGCAGUCGCCCUGGUAUUCUUAAGUUGAGAUUUUCAUAAGUAGCUUAUCAUUAUGCCGAGCUUGAUUCACACAUAUGUUGGGAAAGUUUGGUGCUUUGAGUAGCGCAAGUUUACUUUUCGUAACAACUACCUAUUGUCUGUGAAAAGUUUGGGUCCUGAUGUCCCUGCAUUCUAUAAGGACUAAAUUGUUCGUAUAGGUUCUUGUAUACAAGAAAUGUCUGUGGGCUUGCCACUAGGAGCAGGAGUGUCCACUUUCGCCUAACUAAAUGUGUGGUGCACUUGCGCCUCUCUCAUAAAAGAAACUGCUGAUGCUCCUUGCCAAAGGCCUUGAGACCAGCAGCGCCUGGUGGAACAUUGAUGUUGUUUGUACCUCUGUGCCGUGUGCUCCAUUUGUGAAUGCUGUGCCAGCUAGGGCAACUGAAUUGCUGCUGAUAUUUUUUGGACUCAUGCCAUGUGUCCUGAAGUGUGUCACUCUCCUUGCAGACAUUUUAUAUACACAGUGGGAAAACACCUUUGCUCACUGGGUGUUCGUCUUCUGCCAGUUAGUUGGCUUGGCUUUGCAGAUGGAUCUUCAUAGGUGGCUCAAACAUGGUUUUCUCCUAAAUAUUGAAAACCUGGAGCAGUAUGUUACCUUUUCUUUCUUUUACUGUUACAUGUACAUUUAUGCUCAGUUUGUAUAAAUUACGUCAGUCUUUUAGCAUCAGACUGGGUUAAGUAAUGACAAAUUGUGGAGCUGAGACAGAAAGCAACUUCAGUGUCAUAUGUAUAUGUGGAUGUUGUAAUAGCCUGAAAGCCAUACUGAGCCAAUUUAUUUUCAUAAUAUGCUAUGGGUAUAUUCCGAUUGACAUUUCUUUUGUCUUUGCGGUGGUUGAAAAAAAAAUGUACAUACAAAAGAUGUCGAACUUGUAGUCCGUAUAUGUAAAUAUUUUGCUAUGUUGCUUUAGUUUUGCAGAAACAUUCACAAGCAUUUUGCAGAUGAAACUCUCUUUUCUAUAGUUAUUGUGUUUUGCCUUUUACUCAAAUUACACACUCCAAAGACGUAUACAUUGCACUACUCGCUGCAGCAAUUUCGCAGUUAACUUUGCAGUUAAUGCUUUAUGUUUCAUGUGACUCAAUUUGAAAUCAAAAAGCUAUUCGAAGCUAUAUGUGCUUUAUUGAGCACAAUACGGUCAAAACAUGCCUACAUUGGAAUAAAAAUAUACAGUGUAUCUAGUAGAACCUCGCUGCUAUGUUUCUGAGGGGAGGACGUUUAAGAAAAAUUAUUCAGGUAAGCAUGUGAUUUGAAGCCACUAAGAGGAAUAAUAGAGCUAAGACCUAGUACAAGGGCGUUUACCCCUGUACAGCCAAACCCAUUUAUCAUCAUCAGCCUAUAUUUAGGUCUACUGCAGGACAAAGGCCUCUCUCAGUGAUCUCCAAUUAUGCCUGUCUUGCACUAGCUGAUUUCAACUUGCACCUGCAAAUUUGCCUAACUUCGUCACCCCACUUAAAUUUCUGUCAUUCUCAACUGCUCUUCCCAUCCCUUGACACUCAUUCUGUAACUCUAAUGGUCCACCGGUUAUCUGCUUUACACGUUACACAGACUGCCAAACUCCAUUUUCUUCCCCUAAUGUCAACUAGAAUAUCGGCUAAUUGACACAUAUAGUUUAACCCACUUAUAUCAAUACUUUUAUAUGCCAAGAAAUUCAUUGUUAUAACUGGUAAUUGUUAUAGUCGGGAUGUACAAAAAGAAACAGGUGGCAAGCAUUCAAGCAUUUUAACUAGACAGAAAGAAGUACUAUAUUUACUGGCAUAACUUCAGCACCCUUUUUUCUUACUUUAGCACAUCGAAAAGGGGGGUACACAAAUCACGCGAAAAUUUUGCAAACACAUCCUAAAUGUCUACGGUGUACCCCCAGUUAUACGUCCUCGGAUUUUCAACGUCCCUGGUUUUACGACAGAUUUAUGCAGUCCCGGUGAACUCCCCACCCAUGCGAAACUGCAAAACCGGAUGAAUGAGAAGCUCCGUCAGUUCCCAGCAGCUCCCUCACAGCACCGUCCCCUCCGUUAGAAAGGGGAGAGUGCCCCUUCACACGCGGAAAGCUCGGACUGAUUUACGGGUUCCUUCCUUGUCUCCUUUUUUCCUUCCCUCGUAUUCGCUGCCAUCGCAUUGUUCGUUUCCCUUCCCUCUCUUUAUGUCACUCAACUGCCUCCCCCUUCUUUGCCGCCUGGUUGCACUUUCUCUGUUUCGGCAUUUUCUCUCAGCAGUGCCUGCUCCUGUCACCGGAUGCAUUCGUGUAUACAACCGACAGUAUUUUGAGCACUGUGCCAAGCUCGCUAACUUCGUACAGUGCCAAGAACUUUGUCAGCCGCACACUUCAACAUGUCCUGCGUGUCCAGUGCCAAGUCUUGCGCAAGUGAAACUAUCUCCAAAAGCAAAAGCCAGAGAAUACCCCCCUAGCGCGUAUAGAAGGCACAAGAGCAUGUGCAAGAAUCGAACCCAUUACCCACCGGAAAGUCCGCAGAUUGUGUCCGAUACGCAUGUUCACACAUGCAGUUCGGAGCUUUGUAUACGCACGAGCACACAGGACUUCUCACGCAUAUGUCGUUAGGUUUCUGGUUUCACGUGGGUAGUCGUAUCAUGCCGAUACUGCUGGCUGCUUACGAGCUUGUGCUGAUGGGCUUCUGCGGGGCAGGACAGGGAGCACAAAAUAUGCUAGUAACAAUUUUUUUCUAGUUUUUUUUUUUUUCAAGAACCAGGGUGAUAAUUUACGGGCGUGCAAAUAACCUAACCAGUUUUAACAUUACUCAGGUGUAACAAUGAGCAGCAGCUGUACCUUCAACUUUUGUGUGUGUCCUAUGGUUAAAUAAACCGCUUGUUCCCAUGCCGCAUUAUUGGCUAUAACAAUUAAAUCUGGCUACUUGGAGUCUGCACGUUUGUGCCACGCACCCCGCACGGCAUGUUAUUGUCAGUCCUCUCUGGUCUCCCUUCCACCCCUCUGAAGUCUGCUAUAGGGUGAAAAUUAGACUGGAGAGGUGCAUGCGAUGUCGGCAAUAUGACGCGUGCCAUACGGAAUGCGCAGCUCAAAGGUGAGUGUGAAAAAGCAACUCACGCUUCUUGUGCUUUUCUUUUUGCAAGAAUUUUGCAUUCCAUUUCCUUUCAGCACACACACCCAGUAGCCAGAUUUAAUUUUUAUAACCGACAAAGUGACAUGAGAGCAUUGUAGUAUGCGGUUUAUUUUACCAUAGAACACAUACAAAACUUGAUGGUGCAUUGACUGCUCAUUGUUAUAUCCAAUAUACCCUAGUGUUAAAACCGGUAUCGUUAUAAGAGGGUUCGACUUCAUUCAGAAAUGCAUCUUUAAGCCGAUGCUUGAUUUGAACUAAAUAAUGAAUGUUGUGAAUGUGCCUAAUAAAGCACCGCGAGUGUCUUGAGCACGUUCUUGCCAGGCGUCAUUUAAAUGAAGUCAAGCAUGUUACAGUUAAGGAUGCACUUCAGAAUACUAGGGUUAAUGAUGUUUUCACUCAUUCAAAAUAUAUUGGUUACCUUCUACAGGCACAUGUUCCAACUUGUUGAGAGGAGAGCUUGUUUUAAGAGGCCAUGAAUAUGGUCUGCCAUUCUUAGCGUGCAAGAAACUACACAGCUGUCAAAACCUGUAACUGCCUGAGUGAGAGCAGCUGCUGCAGUAACUUCUUUCCUGCCACUGUCAUUGCAAUGGAAGACUUCAUCUUCUUGCAUCUCUGACAUGAUUUCUGCCACACUUUAGGUUUGUGCUCUGGGAUGUUGAUAACUUUCUUACAAUUAAGCCAACUUAACUGCUUUGGGUCACAAGAAAUGUUUGCUAUAAGAGAGGUUCAUUUCACUUGCUCUUGACCCAACAAAGCACCGGCACCACUCCACAUCAAAGAAAAUUAAAUCAACUUGUCCACAUUUAUUUCUGGCCAUGCAAAAUAUAUUGGUUAAUUAUUAAUUACAGUUAAUUAAUUAUACAUUGAUUUGCAUAACUAUCUACAACUGAAAACUCCCUUUAGCAUAUCAAAGAUGCCAGUAUGGGCUCUACAUCAGGAUUCCAGCAUGUAAAUCAGAGCCUUUAGGCAUCAAAUUCAGCAUAUCGAAAAUGAUUACAUAGGGCUUCGUGGUGUUAAAACAACCCUUGAGGGAGUUGUUAGAUUGUAGGAUUGUUUCACAUGUGAAAAUAAUGCACAAAGUGAUCUUUUGCCAAAAACAUGUUAUUUCUUUGCUUAUGUUAUUACAUUCCUUAUGUUAUUUCUUUGUUUUAAAACAUGCUUAAUUCUUUUGUUAGCAUAGGAAAAUGACCAUUUUUCAGGAACCAAGAAAACAAGUUUUUCUUUUUUCUUUUUUUUUGUCUCUAUAGACAAGGUUACAGCAUAUAAUGUUCUAUUAUAAAUUGUAUAAAUCUAGUUUUUUCCAUAACCUGCAAGAAACCUGUAAUAAGUAAUGAAAAAAUUUUUAUGAAGCCAGCAUAUUCAUAGCCACUUAAAAAAGAAAAGUCCAUAUAUAUAAAUGUCAAAAGAUAUUCAGAAUAUAUGUUUCAACGACAAAUGUUCCAAGAACAGUAACAUACUGAAAUCUGAUUGAAGUCUUCAAUCACCAACGAUCAGUUAGAAUAGGCAUGGCAGCAAAAGAGUUCACUACAAAUUAGAAAUGUUGUGGGUUCAUUCCCAUCGCAACCAGACAGCCACUGGUUUACAUGGGCACAAGCAUACCCCAGCCUCACGUUCAGCAUUCUUCAGGGGUGAUACGCUUGGGAAUGGAGCGUGCCCCCUAAAUUCCUGUCGAAACCUUUGUGAGCACAAAAAUGAGGUUUAGGCCACUCCCAUGGCAGCCAUUUCCCAUGUGGCAUCUCAAUGCACCUAUUAGGUGGCGAUGCCCUUGUGUUGGACCAAACUCCCCUUUUCAAGCAUUGAGGUCCCCUAAUUUCCGAGCACCUAGCCAGGAGCGCACUUGUGCCUAUUUUUACCAGUAGGUACCCAGCAGCAACACUAUUCUGCCUCCCACAGCUCCAGUGGAUGCCCUUCAACAAGGCUGUCUGGGAUUAUACAAAGGGCACUCGGAGACCAUCCACAUGAUCCCUGUACACCCCCUUUCGAGAUGCGAACCCCCACAAGUAGCGGCGCGCCAGACCGGGGGACAUCUCUACCCAUUAGAAAAACCAGUGGGCUUCCACCGGCACCAGGGUUUCCACCGGCACCAGGGUUUAAACCCAGUGCCUCCCUCAUUCAAGGCAGAUGCACUACCACUGGGCUAUCACUGCUGUGAACUAGUUGGUACAUAUCUACUAGAAUGCUUGGGGACAGUGUGAAGCUGUGGGACAAGAUUAGACUGCAUGAACACAGUCUUGUCUGUGCUCGUGUUGUCCCUCUAAACAUUCAGUGUGCAAGGAAGGCAACCAUGAAAGUUUAAACAAUCUCUAGUGUGUUUAGGACCCCCCCUACCUCCACACUGCCCGCCCAGUGCACUUAACAUACUUUUCCUCUCAUUUUCAAAUGCACAAGCUAGGAGGGCUUCCUUCACACUUCUUGAUUUAAACGUUGGGUAGUUGUGAUGAAACUGUGCCGCAGUUUUGUCUGCCUGUUUUAUCCAAACUGGCACAGCAGCCGUGUCAUUGUACGUGGGGGGCAGUCUGUAGGCUCCUUACUGAGAUUUUUGGUUAAAGAGGACUUUUUUUUAUUAAGUAAAAAUUCACUUAAAGGAGGCUGUUAUAAGUGGCACAGUAAAACAUGCCAUCUGUCACUCCUGGAACAUACCUUCUAAUCAACAUUUUGUGAAACUUGGAAAUUGUGUUGUCAGGAUCAUAGGGACAGGCAAAGAAAUAGGGGUAUUUUUGGCAUGCCCUAUUAUGUGCCUGUGAACCCCAAGAACAUGUCAGCGAGGUUCUACUUUUUGGUAUACAAAAGUUGGGAAAGUUAUUGACAAAGAAGUACAUUGGAGUUAGUGACCUGCUUUCAUGAACUACUUAAAUGGAGUUGUGGAGAAAAAUAGUCAUGUACAUGUAUUCAUUUUUGUUAAUGUUUGUGUCAUUAAUAUUAUGUUUUUCGGUCGUGUGAGUGGUCUCGUAAAAUUGAUCUUGUCAUACACUUGCGUGGGUCCCAUAUUAUCGUGGGGCACUGGGUUAAUAUUGGGGUUAGUUGUGAUCUGUUGCUUUGCUCAUGUUGUUGGCAUCUAAUACACAGGCACUGACACACAGAGGCUGCCAGUAACUUUCCUACUGGUUGUACCAUGGCACCACUGAAUCUGUUAGAGCAAGCCAGGGUAGCUGUGCAACCUAAAUGUUUGGGGGCAACAGAAGAGCAAAACACGUUGCUUUUUAGUGGAUCAUAGAGAACGAACAGAUCGCAUUUGUGAAAGCAAUAAAAAGAAAGAAUUACUGACAGGCUACAUGACCUGGAUGAUAAUAUAACUACUUCCACAGUAUGGAAUACACAUUCUCAACAUUAUAAUGGUUUCUUAAGAGUGAUAUGUCAGAACUAGCUGCUAUUUUUGUUUGAUGCAUAGUUUCUUACGCUUUUGCUGGUUCAUGCAGCUAUGGGUACUUCAACAACUGUGUUAUUUAAUUGGGAUGAUCAAGAAUAUGGUUGGUAUUCAAGCUUGAGGGCGACUUCUGAGGACUUGGUUGUGGGAAAAGUGUGAGGGCUGUCCUUGCAUAACAAAUCUCAACAUCUAAAAUUUUUCCUCUGUUUCUAUAGUGAUAUUUCUUUAAUCUUUAACUCAAAUUAAUAAUUUAAGGAAGGAAAACUGUCUCAAAUUUUGUUGUUGGGGCUCCUAAUAUAUGGCAUAAACAAUUCUGCUGCAAUAAAGUAGUUUUUUUUUUUAACUGUGUUUAUAAUCGGUACUUGUAUUUCCUUUUGUGCACCUUAAUGGCCAACGCAGCUGCACCUCAUGAAAUAGAAAAGAUAAAAUGUACUGCUCUCAGUGGGCACAUUUCAUAAUGUUGUAAAGCUACAUUUUCCAAAAAUGAACCGUUCUGUUUUCUUGCACGAUGAUGCACAUGGGACCUCUCCAGUUUACUUGGAUCAGACAACAGCCUGAGAACUUUUAUUGGAGAGAAAACUGUCUCAUUAUCACAUGAGCUAACUGCUGAUGACUACUGAAGAAGCCUCCGGAAUUUGGGCUUUCCUUUGCACUUUGUGAGAGAUGACCAUAGUAAACAAUUCUUGCGCAGUAAAUGAAGACUUUUUUAAGUUCUUUCCCUUGCCAGCAGGUCACUAGUGUCCCUUAACAUGGCCAUUUAUGUUUAUGGGGAUGAGAUAGUGAGCAGUUGCUGAAAUUUACGAAUAUAUCAUUUACUAUUCAAAUAGGGGCUGGCUGUCUUUUUCUACUCACCUCUCCCCUAGCAAACAACCGUGUACUUAGUUUGGUGGCACUGCCAUCAGCAUUGAGCAUACAGCUGCUUUUCACAUAGCUGCACUUAAAAUCACUUUAUCAAAUAAUUAAUCAUCUCAGGUUCACUGCAUUAUGUUCCCUGCCUCAUGUAAAGAAAAACAAACCACUGGCCAGAGAUCCUCGCUGUAGUCGCAAACAACUCAAGAUUUCAGAGUGGAAAAGCUUCUUCUGCAAAGCAUAUUAGGCCAGCCACGUGCUUUGUAUGUAGUUGUUUUCAGAAAGAAGCUUUCUGUGCUCUUGCACAUUAAGAACUACAAUAAUAAAGGAUUUUGAAUAGUGCUAGUAUGUGAGUAGACUACAAGGAAAGACAGACCUGUCCUUGUAUUCUACUCAUGUGCUUGCGCUAUUCAAAAUCCCUUCUCAUUGUAUACCAGCAGGCCCAAAUUGCUGCGGGUUUGUAUAAUAAUAAACUUUGAAAUAUUCCAAUCAAUAAAAUUGAAAUUCUAUGCGUGAGUGCAUCAUGAACCACCUGGCUGGUGGACAUGUGGCUCUGCCAUCAUAGGAUAAGUCGGCCAAACUCCUACCAGAGGAAACGGCAUGUUUUGAACAUUUAUAGUGCCAGAUUUCAUACCACUCAUUUUCCCUACAAAAUUUUGCUGCAACUUCAGCAUUGACCGUCACAAUAGCUUGUAUAUGUUGAAGUAGGAAUACUGUGUUAGAAAUUAUCACAAGUGCUGACAGUCUGCUACAUCUUAACUAAAGUUCGACUGCUUUAAACAGGAACGGGCAUGUAUGCAUGCAUUACUAGUACACAAUUCAGUGUUCAUGUACCCUUCUGCAACUGCAGCAGCUCUCCAAAGCAUUCUAAAGCUUGAAGUUGCAAUGUGAAAUAAGGUUUUAUUAUGGCGCAGGUCUUUUGUGCUGGCAUAAAAAGGCAAAGAGAAGCUUUCUUUAACUGUUCACUAUUGGCAGCCACGUGCAGUCAGACUUGUACAUGCCAUCUUGAUCACAUGUGGUCACUUAAACUCAUGGUCACUUAAGGCAGUGUAGCAUAACUGACUGAUGAUUGAAUGUAUUUGAGGUGUAUUUGCCGCUGCGUUCUUAUCCUGCGACUGAUGAUAGGCUUCCUAUCUUAUGUCAUUUUUCUCGUUUUAGAGGGCAGCAUAGGCCACCAGUGUGUUUUGAAUAAUGCCAUUCAAGAACUGUGAGCCCUAAUCGACAAUGUUUAAAAGGAAGCAAUUUCAUUCUUUCUACCAUGCAGCAGAUACUUUAUGAACAUAAUCAGAAGCCACCUUCAUUUGAGGCAGCUUUUUUUUUUCUUGCUUUUGUAACCUGUGACUGAUAUUUAGCAGUUCAUAUUUGACAAAUUAUUAACCAUCCAGUUUCUGAUUCUGAACGUGACCUGAUUAUCUUUGCUCCAAGUUUUUUUGCCAGUUUUCUUUUUUGUUAACUUUACAAGAAUGUUCUUGCUUUCCAGCCCUAUUUGGCUGAUAAAUUAUUCCAAGAAUGCUUUUUAUUUUUGUUUGUUUAGUGGAACCAGGAAACCAGAGGCCACAGCUCUACAAAUAAAUUCUUAAGUGUGCAUCUUUUGCUCAUAUACAUGAUAUGAUACAUGGGUAGAAGGCUGGGAUAUUGUACACAAAAGCUGUAUGUUUAAACCUUAUGAACUGUGCCAUACUGAAUGAAAUGUUAUGGAUAGUAUGCUGUUUCUUUUUUGUUCCUGAAGGCUGUGUGUAGUGCAGCAAGGGAGUUUGUGUUCUUUACCUGUAUAAUCGUAAAGUGAGUGGAAACAAAUCAAGUGGUGUGCUGGGAUUCAUCCAUUUUCCAGCAGCUAGUGCCUGAAAGCAAGAAUCCAGUCUUCUGCCUCUUUGGAGCAAGCGUGUUGGCAGCAUGGCAUGCACAGUGCUAUCAGUGAUGGUGCAUAUGAUUUGCUAACGAGCAGAUGCAAGGAAUCGCAGCUCAUUACCUCUAAUGGUAAAGCACAAGCGGUGUGCUGCAUCUCCCUGCUGGGUGCAUUCAUGACCCCGCAUUCACUAACAAACCACUAGUCUUUCAGGGUGACAUUUGCGACAGAAGUGCCAUACAUUAAACUGCCAGUGAAGCUGUUUUAUGUGCCUCAUCUUCCAGAAUUUUGCCCUCCCUCUACGAUGCCUUCCUCCUCUGUACCAAGUCAUGUCUGUUCUUGACUCGUGACAAUCUGUCAUUCAAUUAGAUUGUCUACAGGUCUGUUAAUUACUUUUGUCUGGCUUGACGUGGUUUUAGUAUUUUAUUGCAUGGUGCUAGCUCUUUCAAUUCAGAAUAGAAGGCAAUAGAUAUUUCUUGUCUAUUGUGUUGAUAUUAAUGUGCAUUAUUUUCUGUGUAAUACAGAAGUGUUUGCAAUGGAAGGGAUUUUAUGUCUUUGCUUUUUUUUUAGUGCAGUUAUAAACAUAUGGUAACGUCAUACUUGGUGGUUUGGGUUUGUCUAUCUCAGGGUAGAUUGAAAGGCUGGUGUAAUUUCUGUUUGCCUAAUUUAAUGAUUGAUGUGUGUUAUGUCUUACUGUUUGUCCUUGUUGACUUUUGUCUAAUUAUGUACUGUAGAGAGUUAGAGAAUUAAAAGGCUGCAGAUUGUUUUGAAACAUGAGGCCACAGCAAGAACAAAAAACUAAAAAAACGAAGUGACAGUAGUUCAAGACCAUCUGCUUGGCUUUUCUUUUGCUUUAUGAAGCAGGCUGACGUCUGUUCAUCAAAAUGAAAAAGUUUGUCAUUUGUUUUUUUUCACUGGCUCAGAAGUGCUAGCCACAGCAGUUGUAUGAAAUCCUGCCUGCACAAAUGCCACCCAUCUGAGUUUCUACUUGCAGUAUUUUUUGGCAAUGCUGUUGUUCUUAUAUUUAUACACUUGUCGUGAUUACUACUUACUAAAUGUCUGCAGAUGUAAUAUGUGUCCUUAGGCAACUUUUGGUACGAGAAAGGCACUCCUGGCACCAGCUGGCCAAGGCCCUGUGCCAGUCACAUCUUUUAUCUCGUGUGGCCGUCCCAGUGAAGAAGCGAGGCAAAGAACUUUGAAUAUUUAUUCAAAAGCUUGUGCACAUGCAUAAAGGUAUACUUUUAAUUUUAAUUAAGCUGGCAUCAACCACUAAUGAAUCUUGGCUCCUUAUAUUGCUUCUUGUUUUGUACUGUUUGUGUAGCAGCUGCUCUUUGUCUGUGGAAAUGUGAAAUAGCAUUAGUUACUGAGCUUAUGGGGCAAAAGAGUCUUAAAAAGAAAAAGAUUGGAUGGCACAAUAGGCUUGCGUGAAAGCAUUAAAGCCUGGAGGUUUCCAGCUUUUGGGGUCUGUUCAGCGGCUAGUGUUUGGACUGCAGUUCUCAUACAGCAGCAUGUUUCAAGGGUGUACAGAAAAUUUACUGUUAUAGCAUCGUAAAUAUACAAUGUUUCCCAUUGUUAUUUGACUUUGUUUAUGCCAUCUUUUUAUUUGCUUUCUGUGAAAGCUUCAUAUGCUAGCAAGUUGUAAGAAAUGAAAUGUGUGCAUAUUGUACAUUACAGUUUGCAGAUGUGUGUUAUAAUUUGCAUCAUUUAGCCUUGCUUUGUUUGCAAUGUAUAUGUGCUAAAUUGCCACAAAAUUUAUUGAUGUUUUAAAGCCAUGAACACCUAUGUUCCCUGUGUUCACUAGUUAUAUUGCCCACAAUAAAAAUGAAAGCAGUUGA